UCAUAUUUGGAUAAUAUUGAAAAAUUACUACAAAAUGAAAAAAUUGAAACUGAUAUCAUAAAUACUAUUACGGUAAAACAAGAUGAUGAUUUGAUAAAUGUUAAAUCUCCAACUGACGAAAGAAGUUCCGAGUACUGGACCAUCAGCCACUAUAAGAUCAAAAAUAUUAAGAAUGUUGAUAGCAAGAACAGAUGGAAACAUGCUGAAUGUAGCCUUAAAGUAACGAUAACCGAUCAAACAAAAGAUCAAGAACUUAAGAAUAAUUUAACAGAGGUUGUAUAAAAAAUAUUCACACGCUUUAUGUCUGAUCCAAAGAGGAAGAUAACAAGAUCUAAAUUAUCAAAGACAUAAUAAUGUAUUUAUUAAUGACAGUAGAAAAAAAAAAUUGAAUAUAUAAU